ACAGGUUCAACUACAUCUAAGGGUGACAUUGACUAUUGAGACUUCAAUUUUAAUCCAAGUCUUUCUAGAACACAUAAGUAGAAAUGGUCGACACUUAGAUGUUAGAGUUUUGACAACAUUUUUGCAAAUGGAUCUACAUCAAUUCAAAAUGCGAUUUAGCUGAUUGGAUUUGCAGUGAAGCUACUUGAGCUAAGCCAACAAAUUACAAAUGAAAGAAGAGAAAAUUGCAAACAUGAUUGGUCUUGAAGAAACAAAGAAUGACAUGAAUAUCUCGAUAUUUUUCUCACAAUCUUCUACAAUCAUUUUCUUGCAUGGAUUUUCUGCUUCCGCCCAUCUAAUUUUAUUAUUAGCUUUAUCUCAUUUUUGGGCUUGCAAGAGACACAAGCCUACCCAUGAAAAUCCAAAAUUAAUGUUGAAGAAUGCAUACUUCUUAUACUAUUGGACAGCCCUUAUAUCUAGCAUGUGUUUAUCCUUUUGUCAUCUUCUCCUAUGUGUGUUAAACUACUUCUCUGGGUAUAGACAUGGUUGGCCUAAUCCAAGCCUUUUUGUCCAAUUGGAUUUUGCAUUGAGAACAUUGACUUGGUUUGUGAUCCCUGCUUACUUGCACAUUCAGUUUUCCCAUUCAAGUGACCGCAAGUUCCCCAUUAUAUUGAGGAUUUGGUGGGCAUUUUUCUUCCUAAUGUCUUGUUUCUAUCUUGCUAUACAUCUUGGUUUCUAUUUGAAACAUUCGUCCUUACCAUUCAUGCUAUGGGUCUCCGAUGCUAUGUCCAUUAUUUCCAGUUUAUUCUUUUGUUAUGUUGGGUUGUUUGGCAUGGGGAGAGAAGAUGAACGUUUCCAUCUCUUGGAGCCUCUUUUGAAAGAAAGUUAUAGUCGAACCAACAAUGACAGCGGACAAGUUGUAACUCCUUAUGCAAAUGCCAAUCUUUUCAGUAUUUUUACUUUCUCUUGGAUUGGGCCUUUGCUUACACUUGGGUAUAAAAAAGCGUUGGACUUUGAAGAUGUUCCUCAGCUUGCCAAUUAUGAUAGUGCCAAUGUGGUCUUUACUCGUUUUAGAAAUAAACUUGAAUCUGAUAAUAAUGGUAUUCAGCUAAGCACGCUCAAACUGAUGAAGUCAUUGGUUCUCUCAAUGUGGACAGAAAUUCUAUGGACGGCUUUAUUCUCCAUUGUAUGUACAUUAGCUUCUUAUACUGGACCAUAUCUUAUUGUUGCCUUUAUUCAGUAUCUCAAUACCACUCACCAAGUAAAAUUUAAAGGCUAUGCGCUAGUGUUCAUUUUCUUUCUUUCAAAGCUCAUAAAAUCCUUAUCAGAGAGACACUUGUUCUUUCAAUUACGAAAGAUGGCAAUCAAAGUCCGUGCAGCCUUAUUCUCUAUACUCCAUAAGAAGUGUCUCAAGCUUUCAAGCCAAUCAAAACAAGGCCACACUAGUGGGGAGAAUGUGAAUUUGAUGAGUGUUGACGUUGAGAGGACUGGCCGUUUUAGUUGGUACUUACAUGAUAUAUGGAGAGUGCCUCUUCAAGUAGUUCUAGCAUUAUUGAUCUUGUACAAGAACCUUGGGCUUGCUUCACUUGUAGCUUUUGCUGCCACAAUAAUUUUGAUGUUAACAAAUAUUCCUUUAGGAAAACUACAAGAGAAAUUUCAAGGAAAAUUGAUGGAUUCAAAGGAUCGAAGGAUGAAAGUAACAUCUGAGGCUCUGAGGAAUAUGAAGAUUCUCAAGCUCCAAGGCUGGGAAAUGAAGUUCUUGGCUAAGAUAAUUGAGCUCAGAAAGUUUGAAACAAGAUGGUUAAAAAAGUUACUUUAUACAUCAGCUAUGACUAUCUUUAUCUUCUAUUCUUCUCCAAUGUUUGUAUCCAUGGUUACUUUUGGGUCUUGUGUGCUUAUGAGAAUUCCAUUAGAGUCGGCAAAGAUUCUAUCUGCACUUGCAACAUUUGAGAUAUUGCAAGAGCCCAUUUAUAGUCUCCCAGAUUUAAUCUCCAUGGUAGUUCAAACUAAAGUUUCCCUCGACAGGAUAGCUUCAUUCCUUUGUCUCGAUGAUCUUCAUCCUAAUAUAGUGGAAAAUCUUCCAAGAGAUAGUUCCAAGGUAGCAAUUGAGAUAGUCAAUGGGAAUUUCUCUUGGAACCUUCAUUCUCCUGAUCCCACAUUGAAAGAUCUUAAUUUUCGAGUGUAUUGUGGUAUGAGAGUGGCUGUUUGUGGUUCUGUUGGAUCAGGUAAAUCAAGCCUACUUUCAUGCAUAUUGGGGGAAGUGCCAAAGCUGUCUGGAACUAUUAAGUUGAAUGGGACGAAGGCCUAUGUUGCACAAUCACCUUGGAUACAAAGUGGCAAGAUAGUAGACAAUAUAUUGUUUGGUAAGGUGAUGGACAAUGAACGGUAUGAGAUGAUCCUUGAAGCAUGUUCAUUAAAGAAAGACUUAGAAUUGUAUGCCUUUAAGGACCAUACUAUCAUAGGGGAAAGGGGAGUCAACCUAAGUGGUGGGCAAAAGCAAAGAAUUCAAAUUGCACGUGCUUUGUACCAUAAUGCUGAUAUUUAUCUGCUUGAUGAUCCUUUUAGUGCUGUGGAUACUCACACAGGAAAUCAUCUAUUUAAGGAGUGUUUGCUAGGAAUUUUGGGUUCAAAAACAGUAAUCUAUGUAACCCACCAAGUAGAGUUUUUAUCUUCUGCUGAUCUAAUACUGGUUCUCAAGGAGGGAAGGAUUACUCAAGCAGGAACGUAUAAAGAAAUUCUUAGAUCAGGUACUGACUUUAUGGAAUUAGUGGGUGCACAUGAGAAAGCUUUGGCAGACCUUAAUUCUGUUAAAGAUGAAGCUACUUUGGAUAAUUUAAUCAAUGGUAGUAAGGAAGAUGAUAAUAUGAUAUAUCAAGAGAAGUCUACUCAAGAUGAUAAGGAAAGAGAGCCUGAAAACUACAAAUCAGAAAAAGUAGUUGAGCCAAAAGGGCAACUUGUCCAAGAAGAAAAGAGAGAAAAGGGUGCAAUUGGUAUUUCAGUUUACUGGAAGUAUGUUACCGCAACAUAUAAAGGGGCUUUUGUACCAUUAAUAUUGUUAGCACAGAUAAUUUUCCAGUUUUUCCGUAUAGUCAGUAGUUACUGGAUGGUGUUGGCAACUCCCAUUUCAGAGGAUGUGAAAUCUCAUAUUAAAGGAUCCACUCUUAUUUUUGUUUAUGUUGUUUUAUUCCUUGGAAGCUCUCUUUGUGUGCUUAUAAGGUCUGUGCUCAUUGUAACUACUGGAUACAAGACAGCCACUCUUCUCUUCAACAAAAUGCACCUAUGCAUUUUUCGUGCUCCCCAGCAAUUUUUUGACUCUACUCCUAGUGGAAGGAUUUUAAAUCGGGUAUCCAUAGAUCAAAGUACAGUUGAUACAUCUAUACCACACCAUACUGAAGAACUUCUUAUCUCAGUAAUUGGAUUUUUAGGAACUGUUGUUGUAAUUUCACAGGUUGCAUGGAAAAUGUUAUUAGUUUUUAUUCCGAUGACUGUGGCAUGCAUAUGGUAUCAGCAAUAUUACAUAUUGACAGCACGAGAACUAUCACGACUGGUUGGAGUAUGUCAAGCUCCAAUUAUACAACAUUUUGCUGAAUCUAGCUUAGGUUCAACCACAAUUAGAUGCUUCGAUCGAGAAGAAUGGUUUAUAGAUACAAACCUUAAGCUGGUGGAUGGGUAUUGCCGACCCAUAUUUCAUUUCUCUGGUGCAAUGGAGUGGUUAUGCUUCCGUAUGGAUAUAUUGGCAUCCAUCACAUAUGCUAUCUCUUUGGUUUUCUUGAUAUCAAUGCCAAAGGGAGCACUUAGUCCUGGCGUGGUGGGUUUAGCACUCACAUAUGGGCUUGGUUUCAAUAUGCAUGGAGUCAUAUGGGAUCUUUGUAGUCUUGAGAAUAAAAUCAUAUCCAUCGAGAGAAUACUACAAUAUGCCGACAUCCCUAAUGAACCCCCUUUGUUGGUAGAAGAAAAUAGGCCAAAUCGUAAAUGGCCAUCACAAGGAAAAAUUGAUAUUUUUAGUCUACAGGUUCGGUAUGCCCCACACCUUCCUCUUGUCUUACGAGAUUUCACAUGCACUUUCCCCGGAGGGAUGAAGAUUGGCAUCGUUGGACGAACAGGAAGUGGUAAAUCAACGCUUGUACAAGCUCUCUUCCGCAUGAUUGAACCCACAACUGGUCAAAUUUGGAUAGAUGGUAUCAACAUCUCUGAGAUUGGCCUUCAUGAUUUGCGAUCAAGAUUGAGUAUCAUACCACAAGAGCCAACAAUGUUUGAGGGGACUUUAAGAAGCAAUCUUGACCCUCUUGAGGAAUACACUGAUGAACAAAUCUGGGAGGCUUUAGAUAGAUGCCAACUUGGUGAUGAAGUUAGAAAGAAGAAAGGGAAGCUCGAUUCUAUAGUGAUUGAAAAUGGAGAGAAUUGGAGCAUGGGUCAAAAGCAACUACUUUGUUUAGGGAGGUUAUUACUCAAAAAGAGCAAAGUGUUAGUACUCGAUGAAGCUACUGCAUCAAUAGAUACUGCAACUGACUAUUUAAUUCAACAAACGCUUAGGCAACACUUCUCAAGUUCUACUGUCAUCACAAUCGCACAUAGGAUAACAUCAAUUCUUGAUAUCGAUAUGGUCCUCCUUCUCGAUAAUGGAAUUAUAGUAGAAUAUGAUACCCCAGCCAAAUUGCUAGAGAAUAAGUCAUCAUCAUUUGCAAAACUUGUUAAGGAGUAUACUCGAAGAUGUAGUUUCUAGUUUUUGAAAUGCUAAAUAAGUGAUUUUUGAAUAUUUAAAUGUAAGCAAGCUGCAUUAGACUAAGUUGCAUUUCUAUUUGGAGUAUGACAAAAAUUUGUUGGGAAAA